AUGCAAACAGAAGAUUUUCCCGUGGGAGCGGGUUCACCGGCCAAUGUCCAGCGACGGAGUACGGUAUGGCCAGUGCACAUCGAAGUUCGCGUUGCCCCUAACGCGACUUCCCGCUUUGACACUAUUCGAAAUGCUGUCCACUCAUACCUUACUACUUCCUUAUCCGACAUCUACUUGCCUUCUGUGAUCGAAGGCUGGGAAGACGUACCACUGCUGGCCUCCUCUAUCCAGCGGAUAGCUGCUUCUGAAUGUCCUUGCCCAACAUCCUCGCUACCCAUCGAACAAACGACACUACAAAUACACGUCUACCAGCCAACUGACACAGAUGCAUUCGAAGAGCUCACCAGCGGCAGCGGCCGAGGUGACGACGACCAAAUCAUGGCGGCGACUUCUUGCGAGCUUCCAAGCUCAUCAUGGGAGGGCUUGUGGGAGAGCUUGAUCUAUUCCGACGACAUCAAGUCCAAGUUACUAGACUACAUCUACGCCACAGUCGUGUUCAGCGACGCCGAUGUCGAUUUCAACGUUGUAUCAUGGAACCGUGUCGUUCUGCUUCACGGCCCACCCGGCACGGGAAAGACUUCGUUGUGUCGAGCCUUGGCCCAAAAGUUGUCAAUUCGCUUGUCGCAUCGCUAUUCACAUGCGCGGCUCCUUGAGAUCAACUCUCAUUCAUUAUUCUCUCGGUGGUUCUCGGAGUCUGGUAAGCUUGUCCAGAAGCUCUUCAGCAGCAUCAUGGAGAUGGUGGAGGAUGAGGAGUCUUUCGUCAUUGUCCUGAUUGAUGAGGUUGAGUCGCUCACGGCGGCACGAGCUGGAGCUAUGGCGGGGACAGAGCCGUCAGAUGCACUCAGGGUGGUGAAUGCGCUCUUGACGCAACUAGACAAGCUCAAGCACAAAAAGAACUGUCUCGUCAUGUCGACAAGUAACCUUGCAACUGCGAUUGACUCUGCAUUCGUCGAUCGCGCAGAUAUCGUGCAGUAUGUCGAUCUCCCUCCGAGGGAGGCGAUAUACGAGAUUCUUCGUGGCUGCCUGCUUGAACUGGUCAAGAAGGGCAUCGUCGCAGAAGUGGACGUCCCGGGGCUAGCACAGGCUCAGAUCUAUGAGCGAACGGCCGACUUCUCCAAUUUGAGUCUGACCGCGCAACCAUUGGCGGCAACAGAUACCCGCGGUGCGGAGGGUACGGCGAGCUCGAUAGCGCAUGAUCUACGGGAACGGUCACGUUUGCUCGCAAUCCGCCUGCUCAGACUAGCGCAAAGUUGCAGAGACCAAGAGAUGUCCGGUCGUUCAUUGCGACGUUUACCGGUGUUAGCCCAUGCACGAUAUAUUGGCACCCUUCCCACACUUCCUGCCCACCAGAGCUCUCGACCAAAUGGCAUUUCAAAGCAUCAUCCAGCCUCUGGAGGAGGUACAGCGGUAGAGACGUGGCUUGAUGCCAUGGAACGCGUAGUACAAGCCCAAGCGACUGAGCGCAGCAGAUUUCAGAAGUGA